AUUAUCUGAACGAAAAAUUAAUUAAGAAGAAACAUGCUUUUCGUCAUCGAUCGAGGCACCUAUAAAGAAUAUAAAAAUACAACGCCAGCACUUUUUUUAGGACAACGUGACUGUGAAAUCACUUGACCUGGAGGGUAACCAUAUUUGCAAAGAAGGCGGAAGGUACAUCGCGGAUUUAAUAUUGGAAAAUGGAUAUCUUACCGAGUUGAGAUUACGAGAGAACAACCUAGAGAUCGGAGGAGCCGAGUGCCUGACCACCAUGUUGCGACAUAACACUGCCAUCACCGUGCUGGACCUGGCAGGUAAUAAUUUCCAGGAAGACAGCGCCCGGUUGUUUGCAGACAUGCUACAAGUGAACCGCACUCUUCGAGAGUUGAAUCUCAGCCAUAACUCAUUUCGUGAGAGAGGCGGGCAGAUUCUGGGUCCGGCUUUAGGUAAUAAUGACACACUGGAGGUACUGGAUCUGAGCUGGAACCAUCUUAGACGGAAGGGAGCUGUCGCCAUUUGCAAGGGACUAGCGGAAAACAUCGGACUUCGGACCCUGGAUGUCUCAUGGAACGGAUUCUACUUGGAAGGAUCUAAAGAAAUGGCCAAGGCGUUAGCCGUCAACACUACACUACAGAAUCUAGACCUUUCCUGCAACAGGAUCGACAGAAUUUGCCUUAAAUUAUUGCUCAAAGGACUUAAAGCUAACGAAUCAUUGAUCACGUUGAAGCUUCGAGAAAAUGCUGUUGGUUUAGAAGGUAUGAUGGACAUUCUGAAACAGUUGACCACUAUGGAAAAUCCAAGGCUGUCCAAUAUAGAUGUGUCUAGUCAGUUUGUUGACGAAACGUUUCUGAAGACGCUGACAGAGUUACAGGAAACUAAGCUUCCCCAGUUACAGAUACACCACGGCCACGUGUUAUACAAAAGUGAAAAAUCUGAUCAUUUAUCACAAAACAACACUGUAGGGAAUUCUGUUGACAAUACGAAAUAAUCCAAUGUUACUUUUAAAAAAAAU